AUGGAUACAUCUACUGUUCUUGAAAAAUAUACUCAAGACUUAUCAAAUUUACCAUUAGAAGUAAGACAUCUACUAGAAGAAAUUAAAAAUAAAGAUAUACAAGUAGUUGAUCUUCGAAGACAAUGUCAAUUAAAAGAUACUCAAAUUCAUAAAUUUGUAAGGGCAAACGGGACUUUAACAAAACAUCCAAAAGAACAACAAUUAUAUAGUAAGAUUGAAGAAGAUAUGAAAAAGAUGAAAAAGCUACAAAAAGAGAAAAUUCUAUUAUCAAAUACUGCUUUAUUUUUAGUAUCAAAACAUUUAUUUAAUUUUGAAACAGAUAUAUCAAAACUAGAAAGAGAUGAAUUAUUACCACCAUUAGAAGCUCCAAUAGAUUUGGAUAAUUUAGUAAAAGAUGAUCUAAUAAGUUCAUUAAAUGGUUUAUCUGAUAGUUUAUCAGCAACUCCUACUCCUAGAAAUCCAUUAUCAAUGACACCAAUAGAAACAAUUACAAACUCUUCAUCAUCUGCAGUUAAAAAGGGACAAAAGAGGAAACAAACUACAAAAGGAAUGUCAUCAUCAGGUUCAACUCCUGGUUCAACUAUUGCUUUACCUUCAUCAUCAUCAUCAUCAUCAAAUAAACAGAAAAAAUUAAAAUCAGAAGAAAUAGAAGAUGUACCAGCUUAUGAAACAGGUUCAUUAGCAAUGGAUGCAGGUGGAUCAAUGGAUAUUCAACAGGGGGAAGAUGCAGAUAAUAAUUUAUAUUGUUUUUGUCAAAGAGUUUCAUUUGGUGAAAUGAUUGGUUGUGAUAAUGAUGAUUGUAAAUAUGAAUGGUUUCAUUGGAGUUGUGUUGGUAUUACUUCACCACCUCGAGAUGAUGAAAUAUGGUAUUGUCCUGAUUGUAGAACGAAAAAGAAGAAAAGAAGAAAUUAA